GCACAGGCUGGAGAAACUGGGGUCUAGGCCCCUGGGGACGUGCAUGAUUCUGGGGAACAUGAAGUACAGUUUAUACCUUGUGUCAUCACAUUCAUGGAUAUCCCCUUCCAUGUAUAAGAGGUCUCCUGGCCUCUUCGAGGACCUCCCAAUGACCUCGCCCCCCCACUCACAUCGCCGCGUCUAGGAACAUCGAGGCCUGUCGCUGCGCGCCAGGGACCCGAGACUCCAACAGACUGAACAAGACACAAGGUUGCCUCCCCAUCUUUUGACUCCAGCGCCUCCGAAAUGGCUCCCAGCAUUGCCAGCCAGCAGGAUGCCAAGCUCGACAUCUCCCACGGAGAGUUUGCCGAGACUAUGCAAGUCUCGAGCGAGGCAGACAAGGGCAUCUGGCAACUGAUCAAGGAGAACCCUCGAGUCAUCAUCAUCACUUUCUUUGCCAACUGCGGCUCUUUUCUCUUCGGCUAUGAUGUUCUCGUUCAGGGUGCCGUCACGGCCCUCCCGGCCUUUACCAUGUAUUUCGGUUCGCCUUUCGGUCAAGACAUGAUUCUACCGGCAUUGUGGCAGGGUUUGUGGCAGGCGUUUGCUGCCAUGGGCAUCAUGACCGGUGCCUUCAGCAACGGUGCGCUUCAGGACAAAUUUGGCCGCAAGAUUAUGUUCUCUGUUGGUGGUUCGGUCUCUGCAGUGGGCGAGUAUUCCUCUACCGCUAUCGCUUUCGUAUCGUCAAACCCAGAGUCGGUUGAUAUUAGACGGGGGAUUCUUCUUCUCGCGAAGUUUAUCCUGGGAAUCGCAAUGGGCAUCAUGAUGUCUUCUUGCCAGACAUACGUGUCCGAGAUCUCCCCACCCCGACUGCGCACCAUUCUUCUUGGAUUUUACCCCUUCUUCAUUACUGUUGGCCAAAUGAUUGCUAUCUCGACCGUCUUCUCCCGUGUCAUGGAUUUCACCCCCAUGGCCUUCAAACUCGGCUUCGCCUGCCAAUGGGCCUUUGCCGGGUUUGCCAUGGUCGUGGGCGCUUUCAUCCCCGAGAGCCCGGUCUUCCUCGUUGCAAAGGAGAGGAUUGCCAGCGCAGAGAAAGUGAUGAAGCUCAUCUACGGCUCAUCUGGGGCCUCCACGGCUGAGCGCAUCCAAUUAAUCCGAGCGACGAUGGAGCACGAAACCGCCUCGGCCGAGCAGUCCAACCAGGCCAGCUAUGCCGAAUGCUUUAAGGGCACCAACUGGAGGCGUACACGCAUCGUCGCCUUGCUCAACACCCUGCAGCAGUUCAUCGGCGUCUCCCUCGUGUCAAACUCGACCUAUUUUUUCAUCAUGGCCGGCAUGAGCCCGAACAUGUCCCUAACCAUCAACCAAAUCGGCGUGGGCCUUAGCAUGGCCUGCACCCUCAUUUCCUGGGUUGUGAUAGCCCACGUCGGGCGCCGAACCGCCAUCUUGGCCAGCUUCGUGGCUGCCGGUUUCAUCUUUCUCGGCAUGGGCAUUGCUGGAUUCUGGACAACUGACACCACCGCAAUCAGGUUCGUCGGCGUAGCCCUGAUCAUGGCCGCCUGCUGCAGCAAUCUCGGCGUCGGAACGGCAUACCCCAUCGUGGCAGCCGAGAUCCCCUCGGCCACACUUCGUUCCAAGACGCUGGGUCUCGGUUUCCUCGUCAACGCCUUCAUGACGUGGGUGUUCUCGUUCUGCGUGCCCUACAUGUUCAACGCAGACGAAGGCAACCUCGGAGGCAAGAUCGGGCUGGUCUUCUGCGGCUUCUGCAUCAUCGGCUUUGUCCUGUCCUGGAUCGACAUCCCCGAGACCAGGAACGUCACCUACGCGCAUUUGGACUUUUUGUUCCAGCAGGGCACGCCAACGCGGGCGUUUUGUAAGCCGGUGCCGGCAGGCGGCGAGGAUCAGACUGUGGACAAUUAAGCCCUUGUUUGGAAGAAGAAUGGCCGCGAACUGUACACAGCGUGGGCAUAUGGCGCCAAAGACAAGAGAG